AGGUUGAAAGGAGUAACGUGGUCAGAUAAAAAAAAGCCAAAAUCACACAUACACACACUCACACACAUCUUCCCUCAAAACAGAAUUACCCUUCCACACACCCUCUCUGUUGCCUUUGUCUCUCUGUUCCUUUCCUAUAUAUGUCAAAAAGCCCCAAACAAAGAACAAACUGAAAGAGAAUUUUCAGAGUACUGUGUGUGAAAGUGUGUAUAUAUAUACACACACAUAUAUAUAGAGAGAGAGAAGAAAGAAACAGAGAGAGAAACUGAGGUUGAGGAUAACAUGCCUGCGAGCUUACAGCCCUUGGACGUCGGAAUUCAGGUUCCGUAUCAUUUCAGAUGUCCAAUUUCUCUUGAGCUCAUGAUGGAUCCAGUCAUCAUUGGAACCGGUCAGACAUAUGAUCGUUCAAGCAUCGAGUCAUGGGUGGCCACCGGAAAUACCACCUGCCCUGUCACGCGACUACCGCUCACCGAUUUUACGCUCAUCCCUAACCACACGCUCCGCCGUCUAAUCCAGGAGUGGUGUGUCGCCAACCGUUCGUAUGGUGUGGAACGGAUUCCUACGCCGAAGCAACCUGCGGAUCCGGUGAUGGUCCAGUCAUUGCUUAAACAGGCGUCGUCGGUGUCGAACACGCGGCACGCUAGGCUGUCUGCGCUUCGUCGGCUCCGGGGGCUUGCACGUGAUUCGGAUAAAAACCGUUUGGUUCUCACAACGCAGAAAGCGUGUGAGAUUUUAUUGGACGUGUUGUUCUCCGAAACGAAUCGCAACUCGUCUGAUUUGACUCACGAGUCGCUUGCGAUUCUAGCGAUGCUCGCGCUUUCUGAGACGGAGUGCCUUCUGGUGUCUUCCGAUCCAGAUCGGAUCUCGUAUCUGAUUUCGCUUCUGUCACAUUCGUCAAUUGACGUACGAGUCAACACGGCCGCGUUGCUUGAGAACGUUGUCACCGGUACAAGAUCGCCGGAACUCCGAGCAGAAAUCACCAGUCACGAUGAAAUAUUCGACGGAAUAGUUGGAAUUCUCGAUUAUCCUUUGACGUAUCCACGAGCCUUGAAAGUCGGAAUUAAGGCGUUGUUUGCUUUUUGCAUGGUGAAGCAGCACCGCCACAAAGCGGUUGAGGCAGGAGCAGUGGAGGCGCUCAUUGACAGGUUGCCGGAUUUUGAGAAAUGCGACGCUGAGAGAGCGCUGGCGACGGUGGAGCUGUUAUGCCGAAUACCAUCAGGAUGCGUGGCCUUCGCGUCUAACGCGCUUACAGUGCCGCUGCUCGUAAAGGUCAUCCUGAAGAUCUCGGACCGUGCGACGGAAUACGCCGCUGGAGCACUACUGUCGCUCUGUUCCGCCGCAGAAUGGUUGGAAGGGGAGGCGGUGGCGGCAGGGGUUUUGACGCAGCUGUUGUUGCUUGUUCAAAGCGACUGUACAGAGCGAGCUAAGCGAAAAGCACAAAUGCUACUGAAACUUCUCCGGAAUUCCUGGCCGGAAAACUCGAUAAUGAAUUCAUACGAUUUCGGAUGCAGCGACGUCGUUCCGUUUUGAUUUUUUUUAAAUUUCUUUUAAAUUUUUAGUUUACUUUAUUUUGCACAUUUUAGUCCAUUUUUUUUUCUUUAUUUCAAAGGAAAAAAAAAAGUGAGAACAUUAUAUAGUUCUAGAAGGUGGGUGGAGUAUAUAGAAGGAGAGUGGGUUUGGAUCAUGUAAGAAUUUUUGGUAGUGGAUAUUUUUUUUUUCAUUACUAAUGUGAAUUGUUAGAAGUGAAUAUGAUUUAAUUGAUUAAAAAAAUAAAUUUUUUAAUGGUAA